CCACUCCCUCUGUCUGAGGCGAGGCUCUCACCCCCCCCAACCCACUCCGAAACUCAGCACUGUUUCUGGAGGAGCGCACAGACAGACAGCUCCCAUGCAGCAAGACGGCAGCGAGAAACACGCGCUGCUCCGCACCUACACGGACCAGGACGAUGACCGGCAGGACGAUGACCGCCCGGGCGACCCGGUCCUGAACAGAGACCGCAAGCGCAGGACAUGGCCUCCGUGUCGCUGGGCUUGUCCCUGCUCUCUGGUGCUGGUGCUGUGCGUCCUACAGGUCUUCUGCGUCAUCCUCUACGUCGAGACUCACUGGACAGUGGAGGACCUGCAGCGGCAGAUCAGCGCCCUGAACAAGAAAGCUGAGUGCCACUAUAUGAAUGGGGAAAAUCCAGAGGAUGGGGUUAAGGACAACACUGAGCAUGUGCAAGGAAAUCUCCUGACUCAGCAGAAACUGCUGACCGUGGAGUCCAACAUCGCCCGUGUUAACCAGUAUGUAGUGGCCCUGAAGACCAGGUACGAGAAUCUGAAGAGUGAAGUACAGGUAGCAUCGCGCACACAGCUGGAAUCUCUGUCUGACGCCAUACUCCGGCUCAACAAAACGGCAAUGGCCGACACCCGCGCCGUAAGAGCAGAACUGAGCCGUCUGAAAUGCGUUUUUGCCAACGUCACCAGAUGGAUGUGCGGUCUGGAGGAGCGCCUGUCUUCACACGUGCAAAAUUUCAGUUUUCCUGCACUGGAACCGAUCGAGGAUGAAAUAUGCAAUUUCACGGCCUUUGCGGAUCAACUGGACAGCAGAGUUAGUAAGGGGCACGACGGACCGUUCGCAAACGUCCCGAAGCCCGGCGCCAGGAUGGGCCUCGUCCACGGUCACCCGAACGGCUCGGACCUCAGGACCACGCACGCCCCUCUGCCCAGACCGCGUCUGCAAGAGAAUAAUUCUUCAACUGAUAUUUUACUGAUGAAAAUAAAGUCUCAACCGACAACCAACGAUACAUACGGUGACAUUGCCGUGGAAAGAGGAAACAGCUCAGCAGUAACAUCCGUCCCGGAGGAAGGUGCGGGCAAAGAAUUGGACCGGGAGGAAGGAAACGCGCGGCCUACGGCGGACGGUAAAAAGACCCCGGGACUUCGCGAAUCUGAAAUGGACUGAGAAGAAAUGGAAUGUGGCUUCUACGUUCCUGACUUCUACGUUCCGAAAUUUAAAGUCUCCCUUCAUAAGAACUCAUGCACUGCAUGGAAACUGUAGUCCAUCGUUUACUCACACUGUGGCUAAUUAGGAUUUUCACGGUCUUGAGGGUAAUUAUAACUUGCAUUAUUCUGUUUCACCUGAUUCUUUCCUGGCUUUUCUACACGAGUAGACUACCUUGCAAGUGUAAGUAAGGACAAAAUGCUUAAUUAGAACCCUGUAAGUAACAGAGGUUAUACAAUUUGAGAACAGGAAGCUAAUUAGCACAUUGUUUUUUUAACAAGGUAGUAAGAUGUGAUUGAUGUCACCUGAAAAAGAAAAAAUCAUCAUCAAAGUAUGGGAAGUUCUGCCUUUUUUUUUGUAAAGAUUAAACAGGAAAUUAAAAUGCACAAUGUGGGACACGGGAAAAACCAACUUCAAACAAAUGCAAAUAAAAUACGCAGUUUAUUCA